UGCAAUUACAACUUCAUUCAAUAAAACGACCUAGUAACGUUCAUUACAAUGGACGAAGAUCUUGACGAUAUUAGGAAAUUGAAUGCUAUUAUACAAGCAGAAAAUGAAGAGGAUAGUGACUACAUUCCAGACGAAUUUCUCACCAGUGAUUCAAGUGAUGAUGAGGAAGUGUGUGAUAAUGCUUUUGAAGAAGAACUUAGUUUACCCCAAGAAAGUGAGACUGCACCGAAUGACAUUGAAUUAAAAUACUCUCAACCAGUCAGCAGUGAAUUAUCACAGUACCUGCCACCAGAUGAAUUAGAAAUAAUCAACAACUGUAAGGAUCCAACACUCAAGCAACUGCUGAUAUUGAACCGUACGAAGAAGCUUCAAUUUCAGAAGCUGAAUCACAAAUAUUGUGGUGUGCUUGCAAAAACUGACAGACUCUUGAGGAGAGCCAGAAAUGUUGAUCAAUUUAUAAGCAUAGUUAAGGAGCACAAAGGUUUUCGACACAGAAUAGGAUAUCCCUUCUUCAAAGAACAAGGCACAGACUUAUCAUAUCCUCCAUUGAAUGCAGAUGCACUCAAGAAAGCACAGAACAAAGAACUGAACUUUAACUUGAUCAAAGUGAGAAUUGUUUGGAACAGAUACUCACCCAUCAAUCUAAAAUCUGAUGUGCUCUUUAAUUAUUUUGAUAAUAAACUGCAGAAAUAUGAAGGGGAUCUGAAAGCAGCCAAAUAUAAUUAUGAUGAAGAACGGGAAGAAGAGAUCAAUGAGAAAAUCAGAGAGUGGAAAGAUGAGUUUGAUUGUUUGGAGCCGCCAUCCCUGUGGGAUGACAGUUGUUUGAGUUGGUCAAAGAUUGCACAGAAACAUCUUAAAGAUGCUGCACUGAACGAUCUAUGUCGGGCGUACUGGAAUCUGUACGCCCAUCCGAAGAUCAAUAAAGCUCCAUUAAAUGAUUCAGAAUCUAAACGUUUGGUUGAAAUAUGCACGAGAAACCAAUUAUGUAAUUGGGAAGCGAUUGCAAAAGAGUUCUCGGACGACAGAUCUCCAUAUUGGUUGUUCUGCUAUUUCUUCAAUGUGAUCAAUUUUAAAGGUCUUCGAAGCAGGAAAUCGAAAUUUAACGAAGUAGAAGAUUCGUUUUUAUUGUCUAUUAUAGAAUCGCAGAAGGUUGGAAAUUCUAUUGCUUGGACUCGGGUCGCGGAUUUGAUCAAGAAUCGAAACAAGUCUCAGCUUUACAGAAGAUACAUGUACACAAUGAGAAAUAAGCACGUGAAAUGCGGACCAUUCUCGGAGGCUGAAGACGUGCUGAUCAUGUGCUUGUACAAGACGCACGGUUUAAACUUUGACAUCAUCAUGAAGUACAUGUCGCAUCGUAGCAAAGAUCAAGUUCAGAGCAGAUUCAGGAAUUACUUGCAAAACGAUAAGUUGAACAUCACCAAGUGGACCAUCCCGCAUGAUAAGUUGGUGCUGGCACAUGUGGAAGAGCACGGAAAGAAGAACUGGCCGAUCAUUGCGAAGCAGCUCAACAGGUCGGAUGCGCACGUGAGGCACAGAUACAAUGUCUUGAAGAAGUAUCUGGAUAAGGGUGUUCCGCUCGAGGAGAUCCCGAGAAAGUCGCAAAACUCAAAGGAUCGCGUACAUACGAAGCAGGCAGUCGACUAUUAUUUAUCGACGAAAACGUUGCCGCCGGUUAGGGAGGAACAUUCCGUAGGAAGACCACUACGAUCGUACGUCGACUGCGAAUUGGUGAAUUUCUUCAGAUCGACUUCGGGCAUUAGGAAAGCGCGCAAACUGAACUCGAUCACCGACUUCAAGCUGAAGCUCUGCGCCAAAUCGAUACAGACCGUGCUCGAUGCUCUUGGUGCUGUUUUAAAAAUACCAACUGAUUUAAAUUCAGAAAAGUCAUUGACCGUCUUGGACAGGGAUAUACUGAACAUCUUGAGAAAUAACAAGAAGCCAAGCACACCAAACACAGAGUUGACAUUGAUUCCUCCUAACAUCAAUACUGUCCAAGCUUGCAGAGUAUUACUUCUAAAAUACCGAAAUAUGCCACCGGAGCCACCAUCAUCUCCCUACCUAUCGCAAGAUUCCCUAAAAUUCCAAAGACGCUUUAAAUCUCUCUUCUACUGGCCCUUUCUAAUGUCCAUUGUAUUACCACCAAACGACCUAUUGGACGUUAAACGGAGGCCACCUCCCCCUGCGCCAGUCAAACCAGUUGGAAGACCGCGGAAGAAUUUGGAUAAAAUCAACAGAAUGGCAGAAUUAAAACGGAAGAAGACAGAGAUGAAUGCAGCCAACGCAUCAGUACCUUCGUUUAAGGUUAUGCCGGUGAUAGAAUCUAGUCAAAUAAGUACAGCGUCGGUUGCAAACAUGGAAACAGUCAUUAGUAAUAUACAGAAGGAGACUAAAGGUAAUUAUUUGAUCAAAAUCGAUAAAGCGACGAUGGAGAAAUUGCGUAAGAGUAGCAAAAAGGUUAUUGUUCACAUGAAGCGUAAGAUAGAGGAUGAAGAUGAGAAUGGGAUUGCUACGAAAUCGGCCAAGUUGGAGCCUGUAGCAUCUACGAGCGGCACUUAUGAUUAACUCACUCACCUGUUACAUGUUAUAUUUAUUGUUAGAAAAAAUAUAUAUUUUUGAAAAUA